AUGAGAGCUAGCUCUAAACGCCCUAGAGUAGAGUCUUCCUCUAGUGCACCUCCUCCUCCUCCUCCUUCUUUAGGUGAUCCGACUACAAAUGCAUUUGUUGAUCCGACUACUGCUGCUGAUCCUCCACCUUCUACUUCAAAUGAUUCAAGCAUUCAUCAUAUGUUGGACACUGUCAUAACCGUUCAGGCGGCUUAUGGUCAGCUCUUGGUGGACAUGCUCACGAAGCUACAGGCAUUGCGUGCAGAGUUGGCGACUUUUAGAUGUAUAUUGACCAUGGCCAUGGUGGGUGAGAGAGUUAGAGUAGACCAAUCUUUCAAAAGCAAAACCUCCAUUGUAGAUAUCCAUAUUUUGGUGGUAGAUGAUGAUGCUACAUCUCUUGCCAUUGUUUCUGCAAUGCUUAGAACAUUGAAAUAUGAAGUUGUGACAGUUAGAAACCCAAUGGAUGCUUUGGCUACUCUUCGGAUGCAAAAAUUCGACCUUGUUGUUACAGAUCUGCAUAUGCCUGAAAUGAAUGGGCUUGAAUUGCAAAAGGAAGUCGAAGAAGAAUUCAAGCUACCUGUAAUUAUGAUGUCUGCUGAUGACGAUGAGAGUGUCAUAUUGAGGAGUUUAGAGUGUGGAGUUGCUUUCUAUAUAGUAAAACCAGUAAGCCCGAAAGACCUCAAAAAUGUAUGGCAGUAUGCUGUUGCAGCUAAAAGAGGCAAAUUUAUUGCUAUCGAAGAAAUCAAAAACAUUCCAGCUGAAUCAUCGGUUGUUUCUUUCGAGGAUCAAAAAUCUGCAGCAUCAUCUGUUUGUCAAGGAAAACGUAGUAAAAAGGACUCCAAGAGAAAGGGUGCCCCAAAAAUGGGAAAGGAAGAUGAGAAUGAAAUGAAUCAGGGAGUCCCUAAAAGGGCAAAGCUGGUUUGGACAAAUUCACUUCACUGUCGAUUCUUGGAAGCCAUAAAUCAUAUAGGCUUGGAUAAGGCUGUGCCGAAGACGAUUCUUGAGAUCAUGAAUGUGUGGGGCUUAACUAGAGGAAAUGUAGCCAGUCAUUUACAGAAGUAUCGUUUAUUCCUAAAGAAAGUCGCGGAAAAAGGUCUUUGCACCUCAAAGGGCGUAUCCUUGAGAUCAAGCUUUGCCUCUGGUCUUCCUCCAUCACACAUAUUCAAAAAAUUUCGACAAAACUAUCCCCAAUUCCCAGAACAAAAACAAAAGAGAACAUCUAUGCUCCAACUAGGAUUUGGAGGUAAUUUUAUGACACUUAAUGGUUCUAUCCUUGGUGGUAUUCCUUCUAACAGAGCAUCUUCAAGUGGAGCUCAGUUUGGAUAUGGAGAAUCCUUUAAUGCUCUCAACAUAGAACCUACACGUUUUUCUACUAAGCAUAAUGCUUCAAGUUCCAACUUUGUGCCUCAACUAGGACUUGAGCAAUGGCGCUUAUUGAACAAUCUUCAACAGACACUGUUUGGCAAUAGAAAUAAUUCUCUUCAUCAAGCAAAUUGUCCAGCUUUUGCUAACAAUGUUGGAUCGAAUUUUCCAUCGUUGAGAGAUAUGACAUGUGGCCCUAUGAAUAAUGCUAAGAAUGGCCUAGUGAAUACUUCAAAUUGUAAUGACAAAUAUCCACAACAAACUCAACCAAUUAGGCCUCAUCUUCUAAAUGAUUCCCUGUUGAACUCCGACUUUGAAAUACCUAGAAUUCUCAACCAUAGUUAUAUUCCAGACAUUAAGAAAAAUAUGGGGUCUCUCAACAGUUCUAAUGCAGCUCUAAAUUUUGGCUAUAAUAAUGGCGUUGAUACCGGAAUCCAAAUGACUAAUGGAGAAGAGCUAAUUGGAACAAGUGAAAAGAGUUUCAAUGACAAUGGGGCACCAAAUGGUCCUUGCAAUGGCUUUGGGAUGAUGAAUGGGCACAGUGACAAUAUCGCUCUUGCAACAAUGGGGAAUGAAACUUUUGGUAAUAAUAUGGAUCAAGGAGAGUCUUCUUCUGAUGGGUUUGAGAAAGCAGACAAAUUGCUACCAUGGUUUAACGUUGUCAAUCAACAAGAAAAUGAUUUGCAAAUCUUGCCAACACAGUCACAGCAACAACCCAAUAUUGUAAAUGGACGAGAAAAUGACUAUUCCUAUGAUGAUCUGCUGAAUGCCAUUUCCCUCAUGCCAAACUUAGGGGAGGAUGAUCUCAAUGAGCUUUUCUUGGAGGAAACCUACAACCAACCUCCUUCUCAGCAACAAGGAGGGGAAGAAGUACCUUUUAAAGAGAAUCCUCAUGUGAAUGAAGUUCAAAUUCUUGAACUAUCUGGUUCAUCCAAUCUUGAAGAGAAUGCACCUUUAAGUGAACCAACUUUUAGCCAGCAACAACUCGUGAGCUCAAAUGAUCUCUAUGGCAUGUAUCAGGUGGAGAAUAAUGUUAAUAGCCCAUCGAAAAGUCAGGCAUGA